AGUAAACACAGAGAAGAAGAGCCGGAGCAAAACACGGAAGAACUUCACGCUAGCUAGCACAGUGAGCGAAAGCGUCCUGCGUUUUAGUAAAAGUACCUACUCUGUUUACUUUUACAGGGUAGGUUGGGGCUGAUAGCUGCAGCAUGUACUGAAAUAGUAAAUAUAUUAUUUUUUUACCUAACAAUGUUUAGCAAGUCGUAUCAGCAGCUCCCUCAGAAGGACACCACCUUUCCGAGGACUCCUGGCUUGUUUGUGGACACUAACAGCUUCACACAGCGCGGCCACUACCAAGGGUUUUCUUUUGACAACAUCCCCAAUGUUUCUGAAAACGACUUCACCGAUGCCUCCCAAGGAUGGCUGUCCUGGAUCUGCAACCUGAUUGUCAUCUUCCUUGUCUACAUCUUCACAUUCAUAACAUUUCCUAUAACAGGAUGGUUUGUACUGAAAACUGUGCCUAACUACCAGAGGAUAGUAGUGUUUCGUCUGGGUCGAGUUGGUCCUCCCAAGGGCCCUGGUAUUGUCCUUGUGCUGCCCCUCAUUGACCAGUGGCAAAGAGUAGACCUGCGCACCCGUGCUUUCAACAUCCCUCCCUGCCAGGUGAUCACUCUAGAUGGUGGUAUACUGUCAGUGGGAGCAGACAUCCAGUUCAGGAUCUGGAGCCCCGUCAUGUCAGUACUAUCAGUCCAGGACCUGAAUACCUCAACCAGGAUGACUGCACAGAAGGCUUUGACCUACAGCCUGUCUAAGAAGACUGUCAGGGAGAUCCAGACUGAGAGAGUUAAACUUGGAGAAUAUCUUGGGAUGGACAUAAAUGAGAUGACUCAACCCUGGGGGCUGGAGGUGAACAGGGUAGAGCUUACCCUGGGCUCUCUACUAAAAGCACCUGAGGGAGGCCCCUCCGGACCCCUCAUCAUGCCACCUUCUGUGCCUGGACUUGAAGGCCUCACUGGCUCCAUUCAGCAGUUAGCCAUGCAAUUUCUGGGCAACAGUGGCAUUUCACAGACUCAAAAAGACGACAGCAUCACUUUUACAGAUGAGCUCAGCAGUGGCCCUCAGGAAGUUGUAGCCACAUCCGGUUCUGUUGAAGAGCUGCUUGGCCGGGUCAAGCUUGUGCUCUCAGAAACUUUGGUCAGCCAGGUUGGGGCCUGCUUUCAAUUAAACAUAAGCUUGGAAGAUGGACAGCAUCACAGUUACUAUGUGGAUCUGAGCCAAGGAAGCGGUGCAGCUGGAACAGGGUCCUUGUGCAGAGAGCCAGAUGUGACACUGAGUUUAAGUGGCAGCGACCUUCUGGCCAUGUUCCAGGGCGGGCUCCAACCAUUUGCUGCCUACACCAGUGGCAGACUCAAAAUCCAGGGAGACAUUAAGACUGCCAUGAAGCUGGAAGAACUCAUAAAGCUACUUAAAUAGGGUUGGAAAUCUUGAGAAAUUAGAAACAGUACAUUAGAUUUUAAAAAGCAUCCAGCAUAAAACCAAGUCAACUGUUUUACAAUGAAGGCAGCUUGCAGCACAAGCUGCAGAAGGCAAGACUGGAAGCCUGUCCCUUAAACCCUCCCUCCAUAGCAUCUCCAUCAAAAUUAUCAUAUUGAACAUAUUAGUAGUUAAUUUGGCCCAAAUAAAAUUAUUGGAUGGUCUUAUUACAGUGCCGGUGGAUUGGGAAGAGAAUUUCAACAAAUACAAUAAAUGUUUUUGUGCAUAAUCAAACAAAAGGAAAUUUAACAUGGUUGCAUUGUGAAUAAUCAGAGGAAUUUCCCUUACAUUCCCAACCCUAGCUUUAAGAAAUGAGGUUCAUAGCAUCUCCAUGUGUAUUUAUUAAAUCUUAUUUUUUAGAGGUACAGUACUGUAUAUGUUAAUUACAUUUGUUAUAAACAGAGUUUCUCUUA